UCUACAUACAUUGUUGGAUGGCCUGUAUAAAUAGCAGAUGCAAAUAUGCUGGUCUUGGCCAGCUGAAGGGCAAGAUCAGAACUAAACUAGCAGCUGGAGUGACUAUAUACUACAUAUUAAGAGAGAAGAUGAUGGAGUGGAGGAAGUGUUAUUUGGAUGUGAUAUUGGUACCGCUUGGAUUUUUAAUCAGUAUGGCCUAUCAUUUAUGGUUAUGGCAUAAGGUUCGAACACAGCCUCUCACCACCAUCAUCGGUACCAACUCUAGGGGAAGGCGCUUCUGGGUUUCUGCCAUGAUGAAGGACAAUGACAAGAAGAAUAUCUUGGCCGUUCAGACCCUCAGAAAUUUGAUAAUGGGUUCGACCCUAAUGGCCACUACAUCAAUCCUUCUCUCUGCUGGGUUGGCAGCCAUUAUAAGCAGCACUUACAGCGUGAAGAAGCCUCUAAACGAUGUCGUAUAUGGGGCGCAUGGUGAAUUUAUGGUGGCAUUGAAAUAUGUGACCAUUUUAAGCAUAUUUCUGUUCUCAUUUUUUUGCCACUCUCUGUCCAUUAGGUUUGUGAAUCAGGUCAACUUGCUUAUCAAUACGCCGCAAGAUCCAAUGUCCGUAGUCACUCCCGAGUAUGUGGGCGAGUUAUUAGAAAAGGGUUUUGUUCUAAACACAGUAGGGAAUAGGCUCUUCUACACAGCAAUGCCUCUGCUGCUCUGGAUAUUUGGGCCGGUGCUGGUUUUCUUGUGUUGUGUUACAAUGGUCCCAGUGCUUUACAACCUAGACUUCGUGUUUAGCAGUUCAGAGGGAAAGACUAGUCAUGCCAAUGGAGAAAGGAACUUUGUCUGAAUAUCAUCAUAUUGUAAUAAUUGAACAACUAUCAUCAUAUCAUCAAAUAUAUAAUAUAUGGAUUGCCUUUUUCUUUUUCUUUUUUGCAUCACCACUCACCGGCGUGAGUUCCAUUUUGUAAUUAGUUGGAAUUGGAAAAAAGAAAAAACGUUUAACUUGGGCCCAAGGAUUUUCUUCUAAUUCAGAGGCUUAGUUCAG